AUGUUUCAAGGAGUGGACAAUUUUUAUACCGUGAGCGUGUCUGCGCCCGGUAAAGUAAUAUUGCAUGGUGAACAUGCAGUCGUUUAUGGGAAGACCGCGAUAGCUGUCAGUCUUGGACUCCGGAGUUCCAUAGUCAUCAAGGAGGUAAACACAGCAUCGGAGCCAGCAGUUCACAUCCAUCUACCAUGCGUGGAGUUACAAGAGAACAUCCCCUUGGCUCCUACAGUCAAGAGCCUUUUCCACCCGAAGUUAGCACCAGGCAUUGCUGGCAAAUUCCACUGGAAACUACCGGACAAGCUAGAUCACGAUGCCCACCUCCUGAAGGUUGAUGAGUUCCUCCACAUAAUCAAGCCUAACUUCGACAACCUGCAGAGCAACCAGAAGAACUCUUUAAGGAGUUUCUUAUAUGUCUUUUCUGGGAUUUUCGGGAGUACGAAUCUCCCUGUCAGGAGUAUGAAUAUAUCUAUGGGCUCGGAAUUGACGAUAGGAGCUGGUACCGGCAGUUCAGCGUCUUUUGCCGUUUGUCUGACUGGGGCUUUGAUCCAGCUUGUUAAGUUGAAGACGGCUUCUGGACACUUCGACCCGUUCUAUGACCACACCAGCGAAGAUUUCGAUAUGAAAGAAAAGGAAAUCAUCUCGAACUGGGCGUAUAACUGCGAGAGGAUCAUGCAUGGAUCGCCUUCUGGCAUAGACAACGCGACAUGUACUUUUGGCUCUCUGGUAUCUUUCAAAAAGGGGAGCAAGCCCAGACAUUUGGACAUCAGGAUGGACCUCAGGGUCUUGCUGGUGGACUCCAGGGUCCCUAGAGAGACCAAGUCCUUAGUGAUGAAGGUCGCAGCGUUGAGGCAAAGGAACACAAGCAUAGUCGACCAUAUCAUGGACGCGUGUGACCAUGUGGCUCACACAGCCACGCAGGUUAGUGUUUUAGAAAAACUCUCCAGUGACAAGUGUGAGCCGGACAUAGAGGCAGACUAUCAACACUUAGCCGAGCUAUGGGACAUGAACCACUGCCUGCUGGCGGCGCUGGGCGUGUCCCACCCUACCCUGGAGACCAUCCGGGCGGCGGCCCGGGCGCGGGGACUCGCCUGCAAGCUCACCGGCGCAGGCGGCGGCGGCUAUGCGAUGGUCCUGAUCCCACCGUCGACUCCUCGCUCGAUCGUGGACUCGCUGUCGGGGCAGCUCCUUGAACUAGGCUUCCGGGUGAAGGAGACCCGGCUUGGGGGACCGGGGGUCACCUUGGAAAUGUGACCCGGUCCCCCCGCCAAGCGGUGGAAGAUCAGCUAGUGUGUAUGUUACAUCUUGGUGUCAGUAAGAUUCUUGUGUGCUUGUUGGGUUAAGAGAAUUUCCAGAAUCGGGAUAAAAGUUUUAAGGGAGUAUAAGUUUGUUGUAAAGAAUUAGGAUUGAUUUUUGAACAUUCUCGGGCGGCCUCCAGAUAUCUGGAGUUUUCAAGGCUAGAGGGAAUAGGCAUUUGGUAGGUAAGCGUCCAACCUUAGGCUGCAUCGUGAGAUUGUGGUUAAACGCGAGCCUGUAUUUAAAAAUAGCCCGCGUUUUGGAUUUUAAAAUUACAUUGGGUUUUGUUGGGUGGAGAUAAAUGUGAAUUUUUUAUUUUUAUAUGAAUCCCAUAACUCUGUUUUAUCAUGUGUUGAGUGAAAUAUAGAGUUACUACCUGUGGAUAAUAAGAAAUAAUAGGGGCAAAAAUAAUAAAGAACACAUUUUUUUAACGAUUUCGUGGGAUAUAUAUAGGCACUAAUAUUCGAUAUUAUAUUUAUAUAUUAUAAGCUGUGAAGGAAUAUUACGUGGUUUAAAUAUUAAAGCCAACAAUUUAUAAUAUAAUAGUACUUACUGGUGCUGAUCCCUGUACACACCAUCUAAUUUUAUUCUAAGUUAUACCUGUCAUUUUCUUAUCCACUGAAAAGGAAAGGGACGGGCAAUCGAAAGGCGUAAAAUUUAUGGAACACACGUCAAUUUUAAGCAGAAAAAGAAACCCUCCCAAAAUUUUAUAUUGGCCAAUAACCCGACAGAAUUAACUUGACAGCACACGUCAAACAUGUUGAAUAUCAACGGGAUGCUUAUUUAAUUCGCGCGGGUUUAUUAAUCAUUCACUCAUUCAUUUUAAAAUUAAUAGUUGUCAAUCAUCCGUCCUUCCUUUUCGGUGGAUAAGAAAAUGACGGGUAUGGCUUAAAAUAAAAUUAGAUAGUGUCUACAGGAAUUAGCACCAUUUUUUAACAUAAAUAGCCUAUACACGUCCCACUGCUGGGCAAUGCCCCUCCCCUCAAUCAAUGAUAGACGGUAUGGCUCCAACCAUGGUAUAAGAAAACCAGGUAUGCUCAAAACUGACAGCUAGCAUUUCAAGGUUAGCACAGCUGACUGUGUUGCCAUUUCGUAAAAAAUAAAUUACCCACGUCCAAUGUUUUUAAUUUACUUUGCAAGGAAAUUUUGUACUUUUAGUAAAAGAUUUACGUAUAGUCGUAAUGAUAUUUAUAUAUGUGGGACAAAUAAUAGUAAUUAAAUGCAUUAGUCAGUAGUUCACUUAAUUUUCAAUAAUAAAAUUUACGUCCUUGGAAUGUUGGAGAUACCAAUUGAAUGGGUUAGCAAUGGCGGCUUGUCAUAGGAUUGAGUAUACUUGGUCUUCUUAUACCAUUGCUCCACCACGGUGCUCCAUUGCGUUACUUAUCCAAUAAGGUAUCAAAAUAAAUACCUACAAACGUAUUUUGAAAUUAAAAAAAAAAACAAUUGUUUUAGUAUUUUCGACACAAGAUGUAACAUAAAAUUAGAAAAAUGUGUAUCGAUUUCUGAACUAAAAUGAAUUGACAUAAAAAGUGUUGUUUUGGAAUAAAGUACUUUAUGUCAGGUGAAUAAGUGUUAAAAGUUGUUCCAAAGACUUAUAAUUAGUGGAGUGGAGUUAUAGGAAUAACAGAUUUAUUAUGAAAAUAUGAAGUAUGAAAAUAAGUUUUCAAAGCUUUAAUGACACCGCAGUGUACGUAUUUAUUUGUCUUACCCCAAGGUAAGGCGUGGUACAGUCAUGAGCAAUAUAAUGUACCCAUUUUAGGACUCUGUCGCACUAACAUAUUUGACAUUUAGUGAGACUUACAGUUCAAUUUGUUAAAAAAGUUUAAUGUGACAUGGUACCAAAGUGUAUACGUAUUAAUGCUCGUGACCGUACAAUGAAACAUUGUAUUGUAUAUUCAAUGUAACAUUACUUUUGAGGGUAGAAAGAAAAAAACAUGUACUUUAAAAUCAGAGAUACUAGUAUCAUCACGCCAACUUUGUUGAUAUUUGAAGAGUUCGGUGGCACAGCGGUAAACGCGCUCGGUCUGCGAUUGUUGAAGUUAAGCAACUUUCGCAAAGUCAUGGGUGACCACAAAAAAAAUCAUCUCGAGCUCCUCCGUGCUUCGGAAGGCACGUUAAGACGUUGGUCCCGGCUGCACUAGCAGUCGUUAAUAACCAUCAAUCCGCACUGGGCCCGCGUGGUGGUUUAAGGCCCGAUCUCCCUAUCCAUCCAUAGGGAAGGCCCGUGCCCCAGCAGCGGGGACGUUAAUGGGCUGAUGAUGAUGUUGAUAUUUAUUAAUUUUUUAUUUUAAGUGCAGUUUUCACUAACACAGUUGGCUCGACCAUUAUAGACGGCUCCAUCACCUAUCGCGUUAGUCUAACAGAAAGGUCGGUGAGGUGUGGGUACUUAGUUCAUCUUGCGAUGGACGCCUGCCCCAAUCGGGGUAUAGUUUUUAUCUUAUGUUAUGUUAUGCUAAUUUUCUAACCUCAAAAGUAACUUUACAAUCAAGUAUUUUUGUACCAUAGCCUUAUGUAAGACGUAAACGCAAUAAUGAUGCUAAUUCCUGUUCACACCAUCUAAUUUUAUUUUAAAUUGUAUCUGUCAUUUUCUUAUCCGCCUAAAAGGAAAAAGACGGAUAAUCGACAAGCAUAAAUUUUAUGGAACACACGUCAAUUUUAAGCACAAAUCUAAAACAACCGUAUAAAAAUUUUACAUUGGCUAAUAACCCGACAGAAUUAAGCACAUGUCAAACGGUUUGCAUACCAGCGAGAUACCUUUUUGAUACGCCCGGGUUAUUCAUUUACUCAUUCUUCCUAAAAUUAAGAGCUGUCAAUCAUCCGUCCCUCUCCUUUUCGGCGGAUAAGAAAAUGACGGAUAUAACUUAAAAGUAAAAUUAGGAGGUGUCUGCAGGAAUCGGGGCCAAUAUAGACGUAAGGUCCAAUGUAUACGACGAAACAGCAGGCAAACAUUCCAAAAGUGGUAUGACAAUAUUAAAGCGUAAAUAUUUGUUUAGGCUGAGUUCUUCGCGCGGCUUUGUUUGACGUGAACAUUGAAGAUAUCGAGGAAACUUAAACUAGCUUACAUAUACAGGGUGUUAGUUACAUCGUAACGAAUACUGAAAAGGAUGAUUCAGACCAUGA